CAUAGUUAGUAGAAAUGGACGUAAAUCUGGGUUAACUGAUUAAUUAAGUUAUAUUUAAACUUCAGUUUUUAUUUGAAAAGAAUCAUUUAAACAUGAGCUCUUUAAAUUUUUGUUGGUAUUUAAUUUUGACAGUUAAUAAUGAUUAAAGUUAUAUAAGUUGUUCUGCAGAUGGGUGAUGCGGGUUGCGGUAGUAAAAGUAGAAAAUUUAAUAAUUAAAAUUAGUUAUAGAUUGUUUAAAUAUAAACAUAGAUAAUCAGCCGAUUUUUUAAUUUAACUUUUCGGUAUUAUAAUGUUUAGUCGUUUUUCGAUCAAUAAUUACCGCAAACUAACCUAUCAUAUGUGUGAGUGAGAAAAAUGGCCAGUAAUGUACCUGAAGUAAAUUAUAGCUGUGAAAUUUGCGGUCUGGAAGGGUUAACAGAAGAAGAACUGAGAUCUCACACCAAUACAGAACAUGUUGAAGGCAAAGGUACAUGCCCUUUUUGUCAGUUAACUACAAAACCUUCAAAAUUAUUAGUACAUGUGAAUCAAGCACAUUUAGAUUAUUUAACUCCUGAAUCAGAAAACAACAUUAGUUUUAUCGAUGACACUAGUCCCAGUGAAUGUAAUGGAUUCACAGACUGGAGUUUGCCAUCUAAUUACAGUCAAGAUUUAUCCAGUAAUGGCAAGAAUUCAAAGCAAAAUAUUAACAUUAAUAACAUGAAUUACAACUCAAAGGCUGCCUUCUGCAAUGGGGAAUCUAGUCCAAAUAAUUCCAGCCAUGGGGAGGGAUCACCACUCCGUUCCAGUCUUAAUCUUAAAUUGAAGAGUACUGCCCCAACCCUGCAAUGUCCUAUGUGUCAGUAUACAAGCUUAAGUCCUGGAGAGUUAGAGGAACAUAUUAACAGACAACAUUUUGAUGUGACUUCUCCGUCAGUUGGUCAUUUAACAGGAGAAAUAUUUUCAUGUCCUUUGUGCAUUAAAACUUAUGACUCUGCACCUGAUUUAGAGCUUCAUGUGAACAUUGAACAUCGUGAUAUUUUGUCCCCUGCAAGCCCUUCAACAGCCACCUGUCCCGUUUGUGGUAUAUCGUUAAACAACGACAGUGAUAGUGAAGAAGCUGUAAGACAUGUGGAGUCCCACUUUCCAGCUGGUUCUCCUAUUCAGUUAGAUAGGGCUGCUAUUAAAGAACGUGAGCAAAGGGAAUUUGAGAUGUUAAGGGCGCAAUAUGGGAUGGACAAUCAGGGAAAUUUCAGGGAACAGUCUGUGACAAAUAUGCAAAGGGCAGUUUAUGCUGGUGAGAUGAGCGUUGCCGAUUAUUACGAACGAACUCUGGGUUUAAAAGCUGCUGAAAGUUACGGUAUUGAUGAUGGCAGUUCGAUUACGCGAAAUAUGGUUCCAAGAGUCCGAGCAUUAAGUUCAAACGCACAAAAUGUCGUACGCACUCUUACUUGUACAUGUGUAGACCACUAUGCGUCUUCUUAUGGGGAUAGGGGGUGGGGUUGUGGCUACAGGAAUGCACAGAUGUUGAUAUCAAGUCUAUUAACGCACACAGGAUAUAAUGAGAGACUCUACAAACUGUGGCAAGGUCAGAAACCCCCUAGAUCUGCUGUUCCCAGUAUAUCUAGAUUGCAAAAUCUUAUCGAACAAGCUUGGGCCAAUGGUUUUGAUGUACAGGGUUCAGAGCAACUGGGUAGUCGAUUGGUUAACACCAGGAAGUGGAUCGGUGCUACAGAAGUGGUCACUUUGUUAUCGUUUUUAAAAAUACGUUGCCAGUUAGUGGACUUUCACAGACCAACUGGGCCAGGAGGGACUCACCCUGAAUUGUUCCGAUGGGUGCUGCGAUAUUUUGAGAACAGCGUAGGGGGAGAAUUUGUCGCUCCUUUGUAUCUACAACAUCAAGGGCAUAGUCGAACUAUAAUGGGUAUUGAAGUUCAUCGGGAUGGUAGUUUGGUUCUUUUAGUGUUAGACCCUAGUCAUUCUCCUCAGCAAAUGGCCCAAAUUGGUGACACUACUACUGGUUCGUCAGCCCUUCGUGUCCUUCGAAAAAGCGAAUCUGCCAUGAAGGCGAAACAAUAUCAAAUUGUGGCAGUUGUAGGGUUCAUAGACAGCGAACACCAGUACCAGCAAAGUAAAAUUUUACGAGGCUUAAGAGUACCACAGGAUCGGUGAAGUUGAUACUGGUACCAUCUCGUGGUCCGAAUAGUAAAGUUUCAUCUUCUCUAGCAUAAAUUUACCACCUUUGCUGUUCAGAUUUGUGAAGAAUUUUAUACAUUCGCUUGUAGCUAAUGUCGCUAUAGCCGAUAUUGCGCACCAGUACUUAUGUCUUUAAAAUAAGUUUUGUGCAUUAUUAGUUACAUAUUUAUUUUUUGAAAAUAAUAGUAACUUACCGUUCAAAAAAAAAAAAAGUUCACUCGAACGAAUUCCUUUUAGAAUUUAUUAUUACCUCACUAUACAUAUAGCUUUACACGUUUUUACAACAUUUGUCAUUAUUCAUUUUUAUAAAAUAGUACAAGCUGGUUUUGUAUUUUUCUAUUUUUUUUUUACCGGAAUUAAAGAUUUUUUUUUCAAGAUUUUUGUUAUUUGUACUAACGUUUUUCAGAUUCCUGCCUCAAAUGUUCCCAUAUCAUAAGAUAAGGAAGAUCUGAUUUAUAUUUUUCUGCGAAUGUACUUUUUCGUUUUGCGCAAUUGUUUAUUUCAAACUUAAAGGGGUUGUAAGUUGCAAACAUGCUGUUUAAACAAUACGCGAUUUUAAUUGAUCGUAAUCAAUUGACUUGUUGAUAAACAUACGUCGUUAAAAAUAAAUUGUUAAUUAAAAGUUGCGAAAGCAGAGAGUUUACAUCUGUUUAACUGUUACCGAUGAAUUAAAAAAUUCUUUAUACGUUUCUAACUAUAAUAUAACUUUUAUGCAGAAAAAUAAUUAUAUUGUUGGAUUGUUCCUGUAUAAAUUAGUAACAUACAUAACUCUCAAAAGUUAAAGUUUGCAAAGAAAAAUAAAUAUAAACAUUAAAUAU